CCAGUAGUCGCACGCGCGCGCGCGUGGGGGUGGAGGGCCCCCGGCCCCCUCUUGCUCGGGUCGUGCGAAGCUCCAGCUUUAUGGCUAAGCGCGGGGCCGAGGCGCUGGCGUGCCGCGCGCCCUGCCACAGCCUGCUUUCUCACGCGCCGGCUCCGAAGCGCUCGCGGGCCGAUUUCGAACGGCGGGAGCCGCGAUGCGUCGCGCUUCAGAGCGGCGACAAGAAGCGGAAACGGGCGUGGGCGGCGGAGGAAGAAAAAGAGGCGGAGGCAGAGGCCGCAGCGCCUCGUGGAAAGCGGUCCGCGGGGAUGAAGGCGCCCCUGAAAGAGCAGGGCUGGGCCCUGGGCGCCCGCCCUCUGGAAGGAGCGGCGCAGUGUCAGGGGCUGGCUCGGAGAAGCAGAGAAGCGGAGGCGGCGGCCUCGGGAGAAAACUGGCGGGGGUGUCCCCCACCGAAAGCAUCCGCAGAGGAACUCCAAUAUUACCAACUCAGAGCUUUGUGCUGCAAGGAGAAGCAAGGGAUAGACAUGCUGUGUUUGGAAAGGUACAGCUUGAGCAUGAAGAUGAUGUUUGGCACUACAACUCAUUCCAGUAUUGGAGGUCUCCAAUACCUACCAUUGAUUUGACUGAUAUUCUGGAUUUAGAAAAAGAUGAUGCAAUAGAAGCAAGAGAUUCCAGUGGUGUUGGCAUCUCAGAAAUGGAAACCUGAAAAAUGGCUCACCUAAUCUACUUUGCAGAAUUUGGAUUCAGUUUCACUCUAGUUUUAUUUGGAAAAAUAAGCAGAGAUUAUAUUCUGUAGGAGGAAAGAUUGUCUAGAAGGAAGUAUAACUUUCCUAAAAUGAAGGAAUGACAGUAGAGCUCAACAGUCAGUUGUCUAAAGAAACUGAUGGUGUACAGAAUGGAGUAUGAAAUGAAGAACUACAGGAACAUCUGAAAAUUGAUAAUACACUGACAGCAAGUCUUUAUGUUCAUAGUCAGUAAAAUGAACAGCAUGUGGUUCGCUGGAAGGGUGUGUACUAAUAUCCAGCCAAGCAAAAGAAUACAGAUGGAUCGCCUGAACUGUCUGUUGCUGGAACAGCUUGACCAAAUAAAAAUGAAAUCCCACACUUCUAUGCAAAAGGAAAAUGACUGUUGUAAUUAGUGUUUGCAAAAAAUAGCUGUGAUGCAAAUUUCCUUAUGCUUUGCUAGAGUUACGUUCACUUGUCAGGAGAUACAAAUGAUGUUAGGAUUUAUUCCGCUUUGGUUUUAUUUAACUACACUGACCAUGAUGGACAAGGAAGGCGGACCAUCCAGAGCAAUGUAAAAAUAUGGGACACACUUUUCAGGACUUACUGAUUGAGGUUCCACUUCUGGAGAUGUUCUAAUCCUAAAUUUAAUAUCAUGUUUUUGCCAAAUAUUGGCCUUAGCAUAAAUGUACUCUGCCAUUUAAUUACCUUUGUUAGCAAUGACUGCCUGAAACAAGAUUUUCAGUAGACUUUAGUCAUUUGUUACUUAUUUUUCAGAUAAGUUAUAUGUGUUUCUUUAAUUGUACAUCAUAACUUUGGCAUAUCAGAUAUAUUUUUCAUUGUGUAAUAAAACUCUACCAGAUUUUCUAAA